AUGUCACUUCGGCGCUCUCGACGAUCGCGGAGUUCACUGGACGAGUCCCUCGAACAAGAUGCUAACGGCCGCACCAGGCCCACGAGACUCACUCGCUUUGCAGCAGCAGCAGCAGCACCUGCAUCGGUGACAGUCUCCCGACCACCAUCUGAAUCAUCAGGAGAGCCAACCAAACAUCUCCGCCUCACCGUAAGAAUGCCUGCUGGCAAACUGCGGGAAGCCACCGCUGGUGGCCGCCCCGGAAGACGCAACGUCAAUGUUUUCCGAGAGAACCCCAUCGUGUCUGGACCCCGCACCAGUCGCACCAGAAAGAGGCUCGUGGAGGUGAACACGAGCGACGAAGAAGAAGACGACGACCAAGAAGAGGACGAGAUCGGAGAUGAAGAAGACGCACCCGGUGACGAAGAUGACGAGGAUGCCGAUGCUGAUGGCGAUGUCGACAUGGAUGAGGCCCCGCCGCAAGCACCGAUUAGGCGGCAGGCACGAGCAGCUGCGGCCCGUGGCAAAGCUGCCAAGAGUGUCGAAGCCAAAGAAAUGGAAAUAGAGGAAGAGGAAGAUGACGAAGAGGAAGAAGAAGAGGAGGAGGAAGAGGAGGAGGAAGCAUUUAACGAGGAAUCUGAUGCGGCGGGAGAACUCGAUGACAUGAACGAAGAAAGUGCCGCCCCAGAAGAGACUGGAGAUGCAUUGGAUCUGGACGAAGAGGAUGAAGUGGACGAGGACAUGGACAGUGAUGCACUUCUCCUUGAUGGCAGCCGACAGACCACAAAGCGCCAGCGAGGAAAUCUGGGCGACGACUUUCUCCAACUCCCCAUGGGUAAGGCCAUCAUGCACAGAAUGGAUCAGAAGCAAAGUAAUAACCUGCAGAUAGAACCGCAAGUCAAGAAACAUCUCACAGCCGAGGAGCGUGCUAUGCGACGGACCGAAAUGGCUCGCCGGCGGAAGAAUCUGAGCGAGAAACGGAACGAAGAAGAGAAGAUGGACACCAUCAAUCGACUGCUCAAAAAACAAGCCCCCAAGCGGCGCGGUCGAGUCUCCGCCGCAGAAGGCACCGACGUCACGCCUGGAGACCAGGAGGCCCAGGAACAGGAGAAAGCCGAUGCCACCUACGUGCGAUGGGUCAGUGGCCCGAACGGCUGCAGUGUCAGUGUGCCCGAGGAAUGGCUGGGCACGCCAGCUGGACGGGUAUUUGGUGCGCCUCCCGCGGCCACCGGAAAGCUCGUCGAGGAGCUGUGA